GUAACAAAACGCUGUCGAUGUGCAUUAUUUGAACAGAUUUAGUUUAAACUUUCAUUCGAUAACAACCGAGUAAUAACGUUAUUUCAGUUCUAGUACCAAUACAUAUGAGCAGUUAAGGGUGAACGAUAGUGUAUAGUAAUUGUUGUGAUAAAACGUUUACAAGCUACCUACCUACUUAAUUAUUACCACGAUGGAUUCUCAUUUACCGCUGGAGAUAUUUUAUUGUUUAGUCGCAAUGGUGUUCGUCAGUGAAUGCUUUUUAGUGCCUCCCCAAAACACUUCAUCAACAUUGAAAAGUGCUGACGACAGCUUUUUGUACGCAUCUGAAUUUGAAGAAAUGCAGGGACAUGCUAUAGUAAGUCGAACUGAUUCCAAGCACGUAUCACCAUUUUCUCAAGUACUGUCCCAGAAAGGAAAAAGAUGUAUUGGGGACUUAUGCGAAGGCUUUGAUGACUACCCUCACGAAGAAAUAAAGAAGAUUCUUCUGAAAAAUCCUGUACUUAGUAUUUAUUUUGAUGAUCAUCCGGCAACCGAUGUAAUAAUUGAGGAACGGUUUAGUGACGACAAAGGAGAGACGUUAUGUCUAGCUACUCAGUCCUCUAUAGCACCAGAAAAGGCUAAAAAUGUAGACAAUAUAGACAAAGUAAUCGUUAAUACAAAAGAAUUCCGGCAAAUCCUAGUUACAGAAACUUGUAGUACGCCUAACAAUCAAUGUCGAUUCUUAAAUGAAACGCUCCCCCACUAUACGACACAGUGCACUCAGAGGUAUGUACAAAAAAGACUCUGGGCGGUAGAUGAUGAAGGGGCUGAGAAAAUUACAAUGGACAAUUUCUUCAUUCCGUCCUGUUGCAUAUGCGAGUUGAAACGAAAGGAUAAUCCAUGACCUAGUUUAAAUUAUACAAGUCUGUAUUGUGAUAAAAGGUUAAAAUAAGUUGAAAAUUCUAUAACGUAUUGUACCUGAAAAAGGAGAUCUUUGGACUGUCAAAAAGGGUACCGUUGUCGAUUUGAUUCAGUAUCUUCUUAGUGUAUAUUUGUUGUACUUAUGUGUGUAUAUGGAAGUGUUAAACAGUAAAGAUGAUUUUCUAAGAGCGUCUACCACCAAAUUGAAGCUAGUUCCCGAGAAAUUCCUUCAAACAAAGAAAGGUGUGUCAGAAAAUGUUAUAUAGAGAGCAUUUAAGUGUUAUAUAAACAUAAUUUCUUUGAUUUUUUGAAUUUAAUUUUGUUGAUGAGACUGAAGAAUUUAAAAUUUAAUUUCGACCAUCAAUGUUGGCAAUCUCCUAUCUAAAACUUCUUUAAAACUACAUGAAAAUAAUUUUUCUGUAUUACACUGUUAUUGGCAAAAUUAAAUCUUAAAUCAUUAAAAAUUUAAACAUUUGUUUCAUUCUUAUGCCCUCUCCCAGUACAUUAAGCUUCCUGAAGUAAUACUUAAAGGCUCCCUUACAUAUUGGGCAAAAUAAAUAAAGUUCCAAUAGGUGAGAGCAGAUAUCCGGACGUGUAAAAUUACAGAAUAAACAUAAAAAACAAUAAAACUGAACAGAGUUUCACUUGUUUGUUUCUCUGAACGAUCAGAACAAUUUGAAUUACUAUACAUAAUGAUAUGGUUUCAAAAAAUAUAUAAUCACAUAGAGAUAAAUAAAAGUCAAAUAUACCUCCGUAUAUUAAACAGUAUAUAAUAAGUACCUAUUAAAUAAUGAGAGUAGUUUUAUUAGCUAUACAUAUCAUCACAAUUUACAGAAAUGAAGGACAUGGUUAUAAAUUGUUUAAUAAGUAAAAUAAAUUGCUUUCAUAAGUACAUAAAUGCCAAUUGUUACCUCAAAAAUAAAUGAAUAGAUUGGUGAAUUAAAUUGUGUAAAUAUAAUUUAUUUGAUUAUA